AUGGAAGUUUUAUCCAAACUCUUCUCUGCUUAUCGUGAUUUAAACCUUUUUCAGGGAGUUAAAAUUUCCAGAUCAGCCCCUGAAUUCUCUCAUCUCCUUUUUGUUGUUGAUGUUUUCAUCUUCUGUCGUGCAACUCAGGAUGAUCUUCUGACAAUAAAGGCCAUCCUUGAUCUUUUCUUUGAUCUUACUGGCCAAGAAAUUAAUCUAUCCAAAAGUGGGAUCCAUUUCAGCAGAAAUGUUCCUAAUACGUAUUUAAAAGAAGCUCGAGUGCUCAUUGCGACCCAAGAGCAGUCGGAGAUCGCUUCAGCUCUCAACCUCCUCGAUGCUGCCCUUGUUCUCUAUCCGCGGCUCGAAUCGGCCCUUGAGCUUAAAGCUCGGUCUCUCCUCUACCUCCGCCGGUACAAGGAGGUUGCUGACAUGCUCCAAGAAUACAUACCAAGCUUUAAAAUGGUGUCUGAAGAAUCGUCCCUGUCUUCUGAUAACUCGUCCCAAUCGUCCCACCAACUCUCGAAGGAACGAGUGAUGCUCCUCUCCUCUGACCACUCCCCUUCUGACUCUACAGAUAAAGACCCUACCUUCAUAUGCUUUUCUGUUUCGGACCUGAAGAAGAAGGUCAUGGCUGGUCUCUCUUCCGCAGCAUUCAGGAAGGAAAGCGUGUGCUGGUCUGACGACAGCUUCUCCGCCAACUUCGCUGCAAGCAGCGAUCUAAGCAACGCAAAUCCUCCCACUACACCAACUGAUUCGGAGUACGUUGCUCAACUCCUUGGGCACAUCAAGCUCCUCUGCCGCCGCUGCACUAUCGCUGUCGCAGCCUUAGACGCAGAGCUCUAUUCAGAAGCCAUUAGGCACUUCUCUAAGAUAAUCGAUAAUCGCUGUGGUACUCCACAGGGCUUCCUUGCCGAGUGCUACAUUCAUGUUAUAUUAAUUCGAUCCGAAUAA